GUAGUGCUUGGCAAGCACAGAUGUCAUACAUCAAGCCAGAUCAGAGUUCAUCACCUCCGGAGACUGUACACGUUUGUCACUGACGGUUGAUCUGAGCUACGCUCCUCACUCUCUCCAUCUCUAUUUCUCCCUUUGUGGAGCCUCCUGGCUUUGAAACUGUGACCUGUCCACCUCCCACACAGUGGAAAGUAUGUAUCAUAAAAUACUGAACUGAGGGAGCAGACGGAGGGAGGAAACAGUCUGAUAAGGAGUGAAGGACCGAAAAACACAACAUAAAUCACAAGAAAAGACUAUAAAUACUCCUGACCCGGCUUCGUCAUGAUCGACCCCGCGGCCGAGCUGCCCUUCUUCUACGGCAGCAUCAGCCGUUCAGAUGCCGAGCAGUACCUGAAGCUGGCAGGGAUGGGUGACGGACUCUUCCUGCUGCGUCAGUGUCUGCGCAGCCUGGGCGGAUACGUGCUGUCUCUCGUCUGGAACCUGGAGUUUUAUCACUACCCGGUGGAGAAGCAGCUGAAUGGGACUUACUGCAUCGCGGGUGGAAAGGCCCACUGCGGCCCAGCCGAGCUCUGCGAGUACUACAGCAAGGACGCAGAUGGCCUGGUGUGUGUGCUCAAGAAGCCGUGCCUCCGCUCCGCAGAAACACCCAUCAAGCCCGGCGUCUUCGAAAACCUUAGGGACAACAUGCUGCGCGAGUACGUCCGGCAAACCUGGAACCUGGAGGGCGAGGCCAUGGAGCAGGCCAUUAUCAGUCAGGCGCCUCAGUUAGAGAAGCUGAUAGCCACCACGGCCCAUGAGAAGAUGCCCUGGUACCAUGGCAGAGUCCCUCGUCAGGAAGGAGAGCGGCGACUCUACACGGGCUCUCAGCCAGACGGCAAGUUCCUAGUGAGAGAAAGAGAUGAGUCUGGCACCUUCGCCUUGUCAGUGAUGUAUGGAAAGACCGUGUACCAUUAUCAGAUCCUUCACGAUAAAUCAGGCAAAUACUCCAUGCCGGAAGGCACCAAGUUUGACACCGUGUGGCAGCUGGUUGAGUAUCUGAAAAUGAAGCCCGACGGUCUGGUCACGUUACUGCGGGAACCCUGCCUGAACCAGAACAGCGCAAACCAGACUCCAGCCGUGCCUGCAUCGAGGAGAGCCAGAACUAAUGGCUACACACCGCCCCCUGAAGUUCCUGGAGCGUGUAAGACUCUGACCUCGGGGCUGAUGGACCGUCAGGCUCUGCCGAUGGACAGCGAUGAGUUCGUCAGCCCGUACGCCGAUCCGAAGGAGCUCCAGGACAAGACGCUCUUCAUUAAGCGUGAUAAGCUGAUGGUGGACGAGGUGGAGCUUGGAUCGGGAAACUUCGGCUGCGUGAAGAAAGGCGUCUAUAAGAUGAAGAGCAAACACAUCGACGUAGCCAUAAAGGUUCUGAAGAGUGAGAACGAGAAGGCGGUGAAGGACGAGAUGAUGCGUGAGGCCGAGAUCAUGCACCAGCUGGAUAACCCCUACAUAGUGCGCAUGAUCGGCCUGUGCCAGGCGGAGGCUCUGAUGCUGGUGAUGGAAAUGGCACCUGCCGGGCCUCUCAACAAAUUCCUCUCCAGCAGGAAAGAUCAGGUGUCGGUGGAUAACGUGGUGGAGCUGAUGCACCAGGUCUCAUUGGGGAUGAAGUAUUUAGAGGAGAAGAACUUCGUGCACAGAGAUUUGGCAGCUCGAAAUGUGCUGCUGGUCAACCAACAUUAUGCCAAGAUCAGCGACUUCGGCCUCUCCAAAGCGCUCGGCGCAGACGAUAACUAUUACAAGGCACGCACAUUAGGCAAAUGGCCUCUAAAAUGGUACGCUCCAGAGUGCAUCAUGUACCACAAGUUCUCCAAUAAAGGCGAUGUGUGGAGCUUUGGGGUUACCAUGUGGGAGGCGUUUUCCUAUGGAGGAAAACCUUACAAGAAAAUGAAGGGUCCCGAGGUGAUCAGCUUCCUCCAGAACGGCAGUCGCAUGGACAGUCCAGCUGGCUGCCCAGAGCCCAUGUACGAGCUGAUGAAAGAAUGCUGGACAUUCAAGUAUGAAGACAGGCCAGGCUUCGUGAAAGUGGAGGAGAAGAUGAGGACCUACUAUUACUCCAUUUCUAAGAAGAAUGCCACUGAGGCAAAUGGAGAGGCAGAGAAACCGGAUAAUUAGCAGCUCAGCUCUGAAAGUUUAAUGUUUUUUUUUCACCAGGAAUUAGUAACAGCAUGAUGUGUUAAAUCUUGUGUGUGAAAGAAGGCACAGAAAUACAAAAUCUACGCAGAUUCGUCGCAUUAGCCUGUUACAGGACUCGCUGUGCUUCAGAGCUCGAAAUGUCCAAGCGAAAGCUUUGUGUUUAUGAAAUACAUGAAGGCGUUUUUUUUUUUUUUUUUUUUUUAAAUCACAUCGUCUUUGACAUAAUGAUGCAAGUUUUUCUUUCUAAGAAUGAACAUCUUGCUCUAGUCUUGCGUGUCUUUGCCACGUCAUCGUUUUUCCUGGAACUCUGCAGCUAUGAUAUGUGGUAAAGCUGAAAAACAAAAAUGGCAUUUAUGAAGUCAUUUAAUGCUGAUGUUUGGUGGUCAAUAAUAAAGUCUUCUUAGUUCAUGUAAGAAAUUUUGCAGAUUGGGAUUUUGGUCAAAUCCAAAAUUUCAGUCAAAUGUUUUAAUAAAUAUCUUUUACGUGUGUGAAUUCCUGUGUUUUUGUUGUUGUUGUUGUUGUUGUUGUUGUUAGGAAUUGUCAUACAUACAUACUUUUUUUUUUAAAUAAACUAUGCAAAUACAGUGUGUGUGAAUGGUUUUAAUGCACAGGUUGGUGAUGAUAUACAGAGUUUGUAUUGCUUUUCCAAAUUUUAACAAUUUUACAUCAUUUGUUAGGUAAAUAAUCACACCUUUUCCAUCUUAACAGAGAUUAACAUUCUGUGUUUUAAUCAAUCAAUAAAUGUAAGAUCAAUUUUUAAAAAACUCAUCUUUUCCAACUUCCUUUUAUACUCACCCAAUGACUGAUUUGCAUUCCAUCUCAUAAUUUUAUAUAAACAUGUAUUUUUCUUUAUUAUUCUUUAUUAUUCCUAAUUUUUUACUUUACUUGUAUUCUGUGUGUUUUAUUAUUUUUCCUUUUAUUAUUACAAUUAUUACAUGGUUUUAUAUGCUUUGACGUGUUUGUAUAGUGUCCUGGGGUACCCUUAUAUACAAUAUGCUAUUAUUAUAAUAGAUUUAAAAUAAGACAAUAAAAUAAAGCAAAUUCACUAUUUCA